UCGAUUAUUUCGCCAACGGAAUUCCGCCUGGCGAAAACUCAGUCCUAGCCUUCGUGUUUCAGGUUUCAGCUGACCUCGAGCGGCCAUUGUUCGCGGCUCGUCACCGAUUACGUCAGAUCUCUUCGAUUCCGUUGUAGAAGGGUUGACACUUGGAGCACAUGGCGAUUAAAAGCAAGAUUCGAGAUAACCUAUCAGUUUUAGAAUCGGCUCGGCUCCGCAUUUAGUCGAAUAACCUCCAGGCCGAUUGCGUGAGCGGAAAGUUCGUCCGGGAACUGUGCAAAAGUGAUUCUGCGAUGCAAGGUUUCGUUGGGAUAGAAGGAGGCGCCUCGGUGUCGAAAUCGGUUCUGGUCAAAGACGACGGCUCAAUAUUGGCUGAGACCGACGGCCCAUCUUUGAACCACCUACUCGAUGGAAUCGAUGUUGUCUUUGAACGAAUCAAAGAUCAUCUCCGAGAGCUUCGGAAGAAGUCCUCGACCGUUGAGGAGACCUUCAAAAUUAUUUCCAUCGGCUUGUGCUUGAGUGGAUGUGAAGACGAGACGGCGAAUCGGAAACUUGAAGAGGAGUUCCUGAGAAGGGAUCCGACUCUGUUCGGAAAUGUCAAAGUCGCAAGCGAUGUUGUGGGCUCUAUUCGAACGGUGACUCCUGACGGAGGACUGGUUUUAAUAUCCGGAACCGGCUCCAAUUGCUUCCUCUUGAACCCCGACGGCACUUCAGCUCGCUGCGGAGGCUGGGGACAUCUCGUUGGCGACGAAGGCUCUGGAUUCAUUUGCUCAAAGAGAGCCAUCAAAAUCGUGCUAGAUAAUGAGGACAACUUCGGAACGAGUAUUCAUGAUGACAGAGAACUUCGCAGAAUCAUCUUCGAACACUUCGACGUAGACAACACACUGAAACUGCUGCCAUACUUGUACUCGAAUUUCAAAAAGUCUUUCAUUGCUCAAUUAGCCCAGAAAAUCUCACAAGGAGCCCGAUGUGGGGACGCACUCUGUAAGCUGCUCUUCAAAGAUCUAGGAAUCGAUUUAGCGAAACACGUGAGGGCUGUGAGCAGUGCGAUCUCGAAAGAUUUCUACGGAAUGCCUGGGGGUCUCCCCAUCGUUUGCGUUGGGUCUCUCUUUCUCUCUUGGGACUUGAUGAAAGAGGGAUUCGUUGAAACUCUGGGGAGUGAUGUUCCAGAAUACACCUGCGUAAGACCGACCGUCAGCGCCGCGAUCGGCGCAGCAUAUCAUGCGUCGUCCGUGGCCGGCUCGAAGAUCCCUGUGAAUUUCUCUGAGAACUUCGAGAUUCUUCAUCAUUAUUCUGCGGCGAGCUCUAACGGAGAGACUUGAGCUCACCGACCCCACCACCGAUUU